AUGAUAUACGCGUGGAUACUGAGCGCGAUAUUCGUAUAUCCCGCGUAUUGCGUGUUCGGGCCGUCGAUGUGGUUGAAGAAUUUCUUCCUGGGGUACAUCGCGUGGUACGCGACGCUCGACAGGAAGACGGCGAGCUCGGGGAAGCGUUUCGCUCGAUGGUCUCGGCGGUUACCGUUUUGGAGGAUUUUGGCGGAGUAUUUUCCGGUGCGAUUACACGUGAGCGCGAAGUUAGAUCCGAGCGGUAAUUACUUGUUCGGUUAUCAUCCGCACGGCGUCAUCGGCGUCGGCGCGUUGUUGACGUUCGCCACCGAGGCGACGGGAUUUUACGAAGCAUUUCCGGGACUCGAUUUGCGUCUUCUCACGCUGUCCAUGAACUUCAAGUUCCCGUUCACUCGCGAGGUGUUGAUGGGGCUCGGGAUCAAUAGCGUGACCAAGUCGAGCGUGGAGACGAAUCUGACGCGCGCGCCGGGGGCGUCCGUCGCCAUAGUCAUCGGCGGCGCCUCCGAAGCGUUGGACGCGCGUCCGGGCUGGGCCACGCUCACGCUCGCCAGACGCAAGGGGUUCGUAAAGAUGGCUCUUCGCACAGGAGCAUCGCUCGUGCCCGUGUUCGCGUUCGGCGAGAAUGACAUCUUCGAACAAGUGGAAAAUCCCGAAGGCGGACGAUUGAGGAAUUUCCAAAUGUACAUCAAACAACUCAUUGGCAUCACGCCGCCUGCUUUUUACGGGCGGUCGCUCAGUCGAGGCAUGUGGCGUCGAAUCUUUGGUCGCAAAGGUGUGCUUCCGAAGCGUGAGCCGAUCGAAGUCGUCGUGGGCAAUCCCAUCGCCGUGCCCAAAGUCGUCGAUCCGUCAAACGAAAUCAUCGACAAGUACCACGCCCUGUACACCGAAUCUUUGAAAGAGCUUUACGAGUUACAUCGUCGACAGUUUCAUAGACUCAAUCGCGGGGGGUCGUCGGAUGAUCUUCUGAGCGAUCUCCUGACUCGGCAAGGAAAACUGCAAAACAUGCAGUUCAAGUAG